UACAUAUGCGUUAAGUGACUAUUGUCACGUUGCGUGCUGCUCAAGGAAAGUAACGGUAUACUUCUGGAGCUUUCACGUCGUACGCCAUCGAAUUUGUGAUUCUGGAUCUACAGUUUUAUAGAAGAGGCUCGUCGCUACAUACGAAGACGAGUUAUUGUACUCAGUUCACAUUAUGGGGUUCGAUGUGAACCGCUUUCAAGGAGAAGUUGAUGAAGAAUUAGUUUGUCCAAUAUGCUCUGGAGUCCUUGAGGAUCCUGUACAGGUGAACAAUAUGUUGCAGGCACCUGUAUGUGAACAUGCCUUUUGUCGUACAUGUAUUAAUGAAUGGAUAAAUAGACAACCUACCUGUCCACUGGAUCGUACACCAAUUACAUCUGCUCAGCUUAGAGCAGUUCCAAGAAUACUUCGAAAUCUAUUGGCCCGUCUUUGUAUUAGUUGUGAUAACAUUAUGUAUGGAUGUCAAGUCAUAGUUAAGCUUGACAGUUUAGUGUCACAUUUGGAGCAAUGUGAAUAUAAUCCUAAGAGACCAAUGCUUUGUGAACAAGGAUGUAGUCUUAUUAUUCCCAAAAAUGAGUUAAAAGAUCAUAAUUGUGUGAGAGAACUUAGAAACAUUAUACAUUCCCAACAACAAAAACUUGCUGAUAUGAAACGUGAAUUAGGUGAACAACAACUUCAAAUAAAUGAACAUAAGAGAGAAAUACAUCUUUUAAAAGAUUUUAUGAGAGCAUUGAGAGUUUCAAACCCUGCAAUGCGUGCAAUUGCUGAUCAGAUGGAAAGAGACGAAGUUGUAAGAUGGUCUGCUACUCUUCCUAGAGCAAGAGUAACAAGAUGGGGAGGAAUGAUUUCCACUCCUGAUGAGUUAUUACAGACUAUGAUAAAAAGAACUUUAUCAGAAUAUAAUUGUCCACCUCAUGUGAUUGAUGAAUUAAUGGAAAAUUGUCAUGAAAGAAAAUGGCCUCCAGGAUUAAAUUCCCUUGAAACCAGACAGAAUUCUAGAAGACAAUAUGAUAAUUAUGUUUGUAAAAGAGUCCCUGGUAAACAAGCAGUUUUAGUUCUUUAUUGUGAUAAUACACAUAUGCCAGAAGAUAUGAUGGUUGAACCUGGAUUAGUGAUGAUUUUUGCACAUGGCAUAGAAUAAAAUUUUCUACCAAUGUACCAUGCAUGCCAAGAUAUUUUGUCCAUCUUUUUUGUUAUUUGUUAUAUUCAUUGUGAUUAACCUUGAAAAUGCAUGGAAUAUCUUAGUACUUAUGCAGAUAUUGGAAUAUUUGCAUAAUUUAUCUUGCAAUUACUGCAAGAUAUCUUUCUAAAAGUAUUGAAAGAAACAAAUGACAUGCCUCUUGUGAUAAACAAUUGUACAGACGCAAUUGCCACACACAAAAAACUAAUUGUCUGAAUCAUUAUACUGUGAUAUACUAUUUCAUUGAGAAAUUCCUGAAAUUGCGUGAUAAAUAGUAAACUAUUUUUUUUACGUAAUUCCAUGUACAUUUUUAUAAAUCGAAUUUUUUGUUUAUCAUCUGAUAAACUAACUAUUUGUCAACUAUUUCAGGAAAUUUUUUACAUAGAAGUCUGUAAGUGUUUUAUUAUAAUGCUUUAGAAAAGUAAGAAAGAAAAAAAUAUAGAAAUUAUCAAUAUGGUAAUUGCUACUAUUAAGAUUUGAAUGUGUUCUAAAAAAUAAGUAUCAAAUAUCAGAAUGGAGAAAAAUUUCUUCUUUUCCCAACAUUAUUUAUAUGAUUUUAAUAAAACACCUCAAAGUGCGUAUGAAAUAAACAUCCUAUACAACGAUUGUUUGAAUAAAUUAAUAUACUGAGCGAACAUAUAUAUCGUUUACAAUUUAUACAAGAUAAGAAUGCUAUUUUCACAAAAUAAUAUAAAUAUUACUUUAAACUAAUAGCAUAUGAUAAAUGAAAUUAAUGAAUUUUUUUAAUAUCAUUUCCUUUAAAAUUGAUUGUAUAAAAAAUAUAUAUCAAGAAUUAGUGUAGAACAUUCGAUCCUUUAGCUAUUUUUAAAUAAAUAUAUAAUAAAGUUCUGCUUUUUUGUCUUUGCACAAAUGCAUUAAAAAUAAGUUAGUUUUUUGAAUCUUUACUUGUUUUUACAAAAUAAGUUAGUUUUUUUUUAAAAUUGCAUUAUCUUUGAAUGUAAGAUUUUUGUAUAACGCAGCUUCUUAUCUUAAUAUAUACUAAUACAUGAGGCAAUAUUACAUAUUUUAUUUUGGACAUUAAUGUUAAUUAUGAGUUAUGUUUGCAUAUAAUUCUUUUUAUCUUUAUUUAUAUAACAUUUUUCAAUAGCUUUGAAAAUAUAGAAUUUUAAUACAUUGAGUACUAAGUAGUUUCUAUAUUUUGUAAUCGUAUACAUUUUAUAAUAAAAAUUAUAAUUUUUUAUAUUGGAUUAUACACAUAUAUGUAUAUACAUGCAUUAUUUCUAUAUACAUAAUAUAUUAUAUGUUUAUAUGUAUAUGUUUAACUAUUAAAUAUUAUUGACUUUCUUGAUAAUAUUGAAAAAUAAAAAUGAUAAAAAAUGUUUUUAAUACAAAUAAGAAAUUAAAAAAUUUUUACAAUAUAUUAUUAUUAGCACUCAAUGCAUUAAAUAUUGAAAAUUAUUUUUCCUCAAAACUUUUUUAACGCAAAAAAUUGUACACAAUUUUAUAUACAAAUUGAUAGUUGUUAUAUCUAUAAUAAAUUUGAUUUUAUGUAUUGUAAAUCA